AUGAGGCUCACGAGCAUCUUUCUCCCAGCACUGAGCUGCUGGACCUCCACAACCGCCGCUGACCAGCAGGUCAUCCUCACCCAGCAUCAAUCACAGGCAAAGCCGCUCAAUGUCGCGAUUAUAGGUACCAAGACCAUGUAUGCGUAGCAUGAGUGAGCUCAGCAUACUGACAACUAUGCGUUUCAAGGCGCCGGAGCAGCCGGAUCCUCGACAGCCUACUACCUCUCCAAAUACGGCGCCAGCUCAUCCCUUCCCCUCAACAUCACCAUUUUCGAGCGCAAUGGCUUCAUAGGAGGCCGUAGCACCACAGUCUCUGCCUACAACGAUACUGCACUGCCUGUCGAGCUCGGCGCCAGCAUCUUUGUGAGCGUGAACCAGAUCUUGGUCGAGGCAGUGAAGGAGUUCAACUUCUCUACGAACGCUUUCCGAGAGGCAAGUAAGAAGAAGAUUCCGGGAGAUGAAGUAGCAAUCUGGAAUGGAGAUAAGUUUGUGCUGAGCCUGAAUGGGUACUGGUGGGAUCUGGCGAAAUUGUUUUGGAGAUACGGCACUGCACCAGUCAAGACGCAGAGUCUCAUGAAGAAGACCCUGAGCAAGUUCAUGAAGCUAUAUGAAGAGCCAUACUUCCCUUUCAAGAGCUUGACACAGGCUGCGCAGGAGGUCGAAUUACUCGCUGUCACAGCCGCGACAGGCGAGCAGUAUAUGAGGGAGAAUGGCAUUGGGGGACUGUUCGGGAAGGAAGUUGUGCAGGCCAGUACAAGAGUGAAUUACGCUCAGAAUCUGGAGUACAUUCAUGGUCUGGAGGCAAUGGUGUGCAUGGCUACGGACGGAGCUAUGGCAGUCGAAGGGGGCAACUGGCAGAUCUUUGAUGCCAUGGUCAGAAACUCGGGAGCGAACGUGAAACUGGACACCGUUGUAGGAGGCAUUUGGCCGCAGAACCAGGGUAGCUACGCUCUCAACUUCAGCCAUCCCGAUGGCUCCGGAUCCGGAUUUGAACUCUUUGACGCGGUCGUCUUGGCCGCGCCAUAUCAGUUCUCGCAGCUGAAGUCGCUUGGUCUAGAAACAAAUGACGACUAUCCAGACGAGAUACCUUACGUGCAGCUCCACGUAACAUUGUUUACAUCACCACACCUCCUCUCGCCAAACUUCUUCGGUCUACCGUCUGACAAGCCUGCGCCGCAAGUCAUUCUCACCACAAUACCCGAAGGCGAGCCCGCCAAAAAGGGGCCUAAAGGCGUCGGCAGCCCUGGCUUCUUCAGCAUCUCCCUCCUUCGAACAAUCAUGAACCCCAACACUAGUGCCCAAGAGUACCUCUACAAGAUAUUCUCGCCUCAAGAACCUACACCGGGGUUUCUCGCCGACUUACUGGGCGUUACUGAUUUGCCAGGCCAUGAUGAGGACAGCAUCAAUGAGAGGGAUGUGACCUGGAUCUACCGGAAGGUCUGGGAUAGCUAUCCGUAUGAGUACCCUCGGGUUACAUUUGAGGACGUGAAGCUCGGGGAGAAUCUGUGGUACACUGCAGGCAUGGACAGCUUCAUCAGCACCAUGGAGACAAACGCACUCAUGGGCAAGAACGUUGCGAAGCUCGUUGUUGAAGAAUUCGAUGAGAGGGAAGUGACGGAGGAGACGGGUAAAAUCGAGGAACCUGGUGUCAUUAGCUACACCAGGGAAUGGUUGCGGUGA